AUGGAUGCCGAAAAAUUUUCAAAUUUCUUUGGUGGCCACACACCAAUUUUCCAAAUUCCUGGAAGAACAUUUCCUGUAGAAAUAUAUCAUGCAAGAGUACCAGCAGAAGAUCAUGUUGAUGCAGCAGUUAAACAAACAAUACAAAUUCAUUUGGGUGGACAAGAAGGGGAUAUUUUAAUUUUUAUGCCUGGACAAGAAGAUAUUGAGGUAACAUGCUCACUUAUAAAAGAAAAACUUGGCCAAUUAGAUGAGGCACCCCCUCUUGCUGUAUUACCAAUAUAUUCACAACUUCCUUCUGACCUUCAAGCAAAAAUAUUUCAACGUGCCCCAGGAGGGAUGCGUAAAUGUAUUGUUGCUACAAAUAUUGCUGAAACUUCGUUAACUGUUGAUGGAAUUUUCUUUGUCGUUGAUCCUGGUUAUUGUAAAUUGAAGGUUUACAAUCCAAAAAUGGGAAUGGAUACUUUACAGGUAUUCCCUAUCUCUCAAGCAUCUGCUAAUCAACGUUCUGGUAGAGCAGGAAGAACAGGCCCUGGACAAUGUUAUCGACUAUAUACUCAAAGACAAUUUAAGGAUGAAAUGUUGGCUACUACUGUGCCGGAAAUACAAAGAACAAAUUUGUCAAAUGUUGUUCUUUUAUUAAAAUCAUUAAACGUCGAAGAUUUACUACAUUUUCAUUUUAUGGAUUCCCCGCCAAUGGAGAAUAUGUUAAAUUCAAUGUAUCAACUUUGGAUUUUGGGAGCACUUGACAAUACUGGACAAUUAACAAAUAUGGGACGUAAAAUGGUUGAAUUUCCAUUAGAUCCAACUUUGUCUAAAAUGUUAAUUCAAUCUGUUGUUAUGGGUUGUAGUAGUGAAAUUUUAACAAUAGUUUCAAUGCUUUCUGUUCCUUCAAUAUUUUUUCGCCCUAAAAUGAGAGAGGAUGAAGCAGAUGCUAGAAGAGAAAAGUUUCAGGUUCCAGAAAGUGACCAUCUAACAUUUUUAAAUACUUAUAUUCAAUGGCAAAAACAUAAAUAUAGUUCAAAAUGGUGUACAGACAAUUUUAUUCAUGCAAAAGCAAUGAGAAAAGUUCGAGAAGUUAGAGAACAAUUACUUGAAAUUAUGGAAAGUUUAAAAAUUGAAACAAAUUCGUCUGGAACUGAUUGGGAUAUUGUUAGAAAAUGUAUUUGUUCUGCUUAUUUUUAUAACGCUGCGAGAUUAAAAGGUAUUGGUGAAUAUGCAAAUGUUAGAACUGGAAUGCCUUGUUUUCUUCACCCAACAUCCUCGCUUUUUGGAAUGGGAUAUACACCUGAUUAUGUUGUCUAUCACGAGCUUAUAAUGACGGCAAAGGAAUAUAUGCAAUGUGUUACAGCUGUAGAAGCUCAAUGGCUAGCAGAACUUGGCCCAAUGUUUUAUUCUGUUAAAGAAGCUUCGAAAACUAGAUCAGAAAAAAUUCGAGAUACUCAACGAACAACGGCAGCAAUGGAAAUUGAAAUGGAAGAAGCACAACGGUUAAUUUCUGAAAGAAAAAUGAUGCAAAGUGAAAGAAGUUCUUCAAAAAGUGGAGAAAAACAAAUUGCUGAAGCUGGAAGAUCUGUUAGAUCGUUUAAAAGAAGUUUUGGAUUUUGA